CAGAUUUGUUGAAACAAAUAAAUAUUUAUAUGAAGAGAAACAUCUUCAUUCUUUACGACCAGAAGGAAAAGCACCGGUCUCCGCUUCCGGCGUUAAAGUGCUGCUCGCUCCGGUCACCUCUAGCGUGAUGCUCAGCUGCGACCCCCUUCUGCGACUGAACCGAAUCGAAAAUAACGGAGAAGCCCUAGGCAGGUACGGAAAAGUCGAACGUUUCCUCAUUCCCUCUAUACAGAGCGUCGCCGAUUUAGAGGACGAAGGCCGAUACUGGUGCAUCUCCGAAGGGACGGCCGGAACCGUGGUACGCAUCCGCGUCGUCUACUUGCACUCAAAUUUCCGAACUCCUUCGAAACUCGUCUACGCGAAUGUCGGCCAAUCCGUGCUGCUGCAUUGCGAACCUCCGGACGGCUACCCUCAGCCACAAGUCAGAUGGGAGAAGGUAAACAGUCUUUUUCGGACAGUCAUUAAUUUUUGUAACAAUCCGUUGAUCCAAAAGCCCUAUAUUCAAUCAUCGUUGAGAGGAGACCGUUGUGACGAGUCACGAGUAACAGCUUUCAGUAAAUUUUUUUUCUGGUUGUUUAUGCUUUUAUGCACAGAGACGCUGAAGGCGGUAGAGCAGUCACGGUACUUGAGAAUCAAAAACCGUCGUUGGCUUCCAUUGAGGAGAGCGCAUUUGCCGACCGGCUGA